AUUCAGUGUUCUCUUCUCUGUCUCAUCCGUUGAAUAUUUACUCCUUUCAUGGCGGAAGCAAACAAGACAAGUAGAGAAAUAGCAAGAAGCAACAGUUGUGUGUUCCCAAGAGAUCUGCUUCAAAGAUUCAUCUCUAACUCAGCAGAAGGUGAAGAUGGUGAAGAAGAGGAAGAAGAAGAAGAUGAAGAGAUUGAGUUGAAUCUUGGCUUAUCUCUCGGCGGGAGAUUCGGAGUUGACAGAAGCAGUAAGCUCGUGAGAUCUUCCUCUGUUGUAGUGACGAUGCCUCUUUUCCGGGAGACUCAUCAUCAGCCGGAGACGAAGCCUGCUGAGACGGCCGUGGCGAGACCGAGACAUACUGGUUUGAUAAGAACGACGUCGUUGCCGGCGGAGUCGGAGGAAGAGUGGCGGAAGAGGAAAGAGAUGCAGACUCUUAGGAGAAUGGCUGCUAAGAGAAGGAGAAGCGAGAAGCUUCGUACCGGCGGCGGAAACAGCAUCAAGUCAGCCGAAGCUGAUAAUAAUAAUAAUAAUAAUAAUCCGGGAGAAGCCGCCGCCGCCACUUCGAGGCGGCGAGGUAGACCGUCGUCGGGACUGCCACGGUGGUCAGCGACGGCUAACAAAGGUGGACUUUUACGACAACACAGUGCUGGUCAUGAUUCACUUCAAGGCUCCCUUGAGUCCCAAGGCGGGGGCGGUGGUGUCGGAAGUUCUUUAAGUGUUUCCGAGAUGGAAACCAAAUCGCAUCAAGCAACUAGUGAAGAAGCAAGAAGCAUACCAUCGACACUACAACAAAAGGAAGCGAUAACAAAGCCGACCACUCGGCUGAGAAGAUUGAGUUCAGUGGAGAUGAAGAUAGAGCCACAACAAGGGAAAGGGAAAAGCGAGAUGCCAUGUGUGUUCACAAAAGGAGAUGGACCUAAUGGGAAGAGAGUUGAUGGGAUUCUGUAUAGAUAUGGUAAUGGAGAAGAAGUUAGGAUCAUGUGUGUCUGCCAUGGCGACUUCUUGUCUCCUGCUGAUUUCGUUAAACAUGCUGGUGGUCCUCAUGUUGAUCAUCCUCUUAGGCACAUUGUUGUCAACACUUCUUCUCCUUCUAAUCUCUUAUAGAACCCACCGCCCUAACCCUCUCUCUUUCAUUUGAUCCCUUUAUUUAAAGACCAGAGUUUAGAGAUCAUGUUUUAAGAGGUUUAGAACAUACAACAUAUAUGUUUUGUUUGAAUCUCGCAAUUUCCCAAUAUCUGAGAGUUUUAUAUUUGUAUUUUUA